CUAUAGGCGCCUAUCUGCCUGCACUCCGCUCUCUCUGCUGCUGUGUGUAUGAGGAGUCACCGGAGAUACUUCCUGUCUUUACUGUAACGCGUUAUUCUUUUUUGUGGUGUGAAUGUGUCCCUCAGAGAGAUGUCAUGGCCCGUAGAGACAGGGAUGCUGGCGGCGCGCUACAGGUAGCAGAGAGCGAGCAGCGGUCAUGGCGGGGGAGAGCACCAGGGCGCUCAUGUCCGGCUUUGUGUUUGGCGCCCUCGCCUUCCAGCAUGUCAACUCCAGCUCAGACUCGGAAGGAUUUCUCCUCGGAGUUGUAAAGGGAGAAGCAAAGGACAGCAUCACUGAUUCUCAGAUGAGUGAUGUACAAGUGGUUUACACUAUUGAUAUUCAAAGAAAUAUUCCUUUUUAUCAUCUGUACAGGUUUUACAGUGGAGUGGGUGAAUUGAACAAGCUUGCAUUACAGAAGCUACUUGCUGAACAAGAAAAGGAUGUGAUUGGAUGGUAUAAAUUUCGCCACAAUACCGAGCAGACCAUGAGUUUCAGGGAGAGGGUUUUGCACCAUAACCUUCAGACUUACCUGUCCAAUCCUGAGCUUGUUUUCUUAUUGGUCACAUCACAGUCUACCACAGAAACAAAUUCUACUCAUCUCAUGGAGUACGCUUUGCAUAAACCCCAAGAUGGUCUAUUUCAGAAAGUGCCUCUAAUUAUUACCAACUUGGGGUUGUCAGAACAACAGGGGUACAACACUUUAUUUGGAUCCUGUGUGUCUGCCGGAUUUAACCAUGCAGUUAAAAAUCACAGAUCUGAGUUUUUCAAUGAAGAUGGAACUUUAAAAGAAGUGAAUAAAAUCACUGCUAUGUGUACAAGUCUACAAGAGGAACUGAAGGAAACUUGCAGUCGUGUGGCAGAAAGUGAAAUUUAUGUAGAAAAACUUUUACAGCAAGUUAAGCAGCUGAGAAAAGAAGUAGCUGAGAAGCGAGAGCUUCCUAAAGAUGAGAACAACAAAUCUGCGACUCCUGAAGAAAAUGUAUUUCUGUGUCAAGCUUUGCGCAAGUUCUUCCCUCAUUCUGCAGUUUUACAGUCAUCUUCUCUUACUGUUAGUGGGGAGACAAUACCGCACAUCUGUGAAGUCUACCAUAAUCUUAAUGACCUAAAGAAUCUCACGUUCUUAAUUCAACCAAGCGACCUCCCAGAAACAUCUAUGCAGAAAGCAGUCAAGCGAAAAAGACCACCUCUAAAAAGGAAGACUAGUUUGUUGAGAAUGAAGACAAGAGCAGCAAUCCAACAGAGCAACAGCACUGAUGACAGAAUAUUGUUCAAUAGUGGCACAGAAACAGAUGACUCUGAGCACAUAAGAAUGGACUCUAAAGGAUCUCAGUCACCAACAUUUUAAGAACAUAUUAACAAGGUGUGUGUGAACUCCGUGUGAAUCUAAGUUCUUGCAUUGAGUUCUGUUUAAAUGUAUACAAAUUGGGGUUUUGGCUUUCUUUUUUAUCUAUUUCAGCUGUGUUUUUUUCUGCAGUAAGGGCAACCAUUUUGUUCUCUUUUCAUAACCCAAAUAUACUGAAGUGAUUGGUAUU